CGAUCAUUUUUGAUCCCGAACCCUUCUCCCAACUCCUCAUCUCAUGCGGCUUCUCCAUCCAACUCCUCUCCGGCCUCCAGAUCCGGGGCGUCAACAAGGAUACUGAAAAUGGAAAAGGAUUCAAGUUUCUCACGAGGAAGUGAAAUGUCUCUACUGGAGCAAUUUGAAGGUAUAUUGGAAGGAGAUAAACUCAUUGAUGAAAUAGGUUUCUUGGGCCCAUCUCAGUUUGCUUCACUAGAUCAGGAUUUAAGUGAAAUAAUAAAUUGGCAAUCUCCACUGAUGUGCUAUCUCAUUUGUACAUUGCUGCUCGCAUGCAUAUAUGAAAACUCUGAUCACCUUCUUGAAGAUGAAAUUCUAAAACACACGAAGGCCUUACUGAUUUUAAGCUGCAACUUCAGCAGUGCUUGGAAUGACAGGUGGAUACAUGACAGUCGAGAUCAGUACACUAAGGAGCGUUUGGAUUCAGUAAUUGAUCAGUACACUAAGCGUCUGGAUUCAGUAACUACUGUACUAUUUUGAGUAAACAGAUUGUUGGCUACUUCAGUAUUCAGUAUUCAGUAAACUGAUUGUUGGCUAAACAGAUUGUAGCUGUUCAAAACAGAUUUUUUGUGCUCUUUUGUUUUAUAUGUGAAUAUCACUAUAUACUUUGAAACA